AUGCGCAACCUCGGCUUCGAGGGCGAGGAGUCCGACUUCGACGACGCCGCCAAGGCGCGCCGGUCGACGUUCAUGCAGCGCGCGCGGACGUCGACGUGGGAGUCGAUCAAGCGCGUCGCGAUCUCGCCCGCGGCCAAGGAGGCGGAGCGCGGCUCGGCCAUGGAGGUGCUCGAGAACUUCAUGCACACGGGCCUGAGCCGCAUGCACCGGCGCCAGAGCCUCGACGUCGCCGGGAAGCCGGGCGGCGGCUGGGGCCGCGUGAGGGAGUGGAAGUGGCUCGUCAGCGAGGACUCGUCGACGCGCAUCAACUGGGACAUCUUCGUGAUCCUGUGCAUCCUGUGCUACGUCUUCGUCAUGCCCCUGCGGGUCGCGUUCUCGACGACGUCCGCGGCGGACUUUUUGCACGCGCGGGGGCGGUGGCUCUGGGUCGAGUUCGCGCUCGACGUCAUCUUCAUCGCGGACGUGUGCCUGAACUUUCGCACGUCGUUCCGCCUGAGCUCGGGCCGCGUCGUCGAGGACUCGCGGCUCAUCGCGGAGCGCUACCUCAAGUCCUGGUUCCUCGUGGACUUCGUGAGCUCGCUGCCCAUCGAGGUCGCGACGUUCGUGCUCCAGUCGCACCUCACGCGCGACACGGAGUCGACGCUGAAAUUCGUGCGCAUCCUGCGCAUCCUGCGCUACACGAAGAUCAUCCGGGUCAUGCGCCUCGUGUCCAAGCACGGCCGCCUGCUCAACUCGACGCUGAACCCGGGCUACAUCCAGCUCUCGCGGCUCGCCGUCAUCGUCCUCGGCGCGUGGCACUACGUCGCGUGCGCGUACUGGAUCGUCGCGCGCGUCGAGGGCUUCUGCGACCCCGACGUGCCCGACGACCUGGCGCUGUCCCUCGCCGAGGGCUACCGCCUCUGUUUGGACCGGUACCGGGGCUACCGGCGCGCGGGCUUCCGCCAGCAGUACACGCAGGCCUUCUUCUGGGCCGUGCAGGUGUCGACGGGCAUCGGCAAGGACAUCAUCCCGCGCACGUCCCUCGAGGUCGCCUUCACGACCGUCAUCAUUUUAUGGGGCAUGCUCAUGUACGCGUCGAUCAUCGGCGCGGUGUCGUCCGCGGUCGCGGUGCUCGACGCGACGGGCAUCCAGCGGUCGCGGAAGCUCAGCGCCGUCAAGAGCUUCCUCGUGCAGCAGAACGUCCACAAGCACCUCCAGCUCGAGAUCAUGAACUACUACACCUACCUGCUCUCGCUGAACACGCGCGACUCCCAGGCGCUCUCGGACCUGCCCGUGACGCUCCGCAUCAAGCUCGAGCUGUCGCUCAAGCAGGAGUCCGUGGACCAGGUGCCCCUCUUCCACAAUCUCGACGCGGCGUGCAUUCUGUCCAUCGUCCACCACCUCAAGAACUGCGUGUCGCUCCCGAGCGAGAUCCUGUACGCGGCGGGCGCCUUAGGCGACCGCAUGUUCGUGCUCGAGCGCGGCGCCGUCGUCCUGAGCGUGCCGCGGAACAUGAACCACUUCAUGGCGCUGCGCAAGGCGCAGCAGCGCAAGAAUCGGUUCAAGGCGUCGCGCGAGGACCGCAAGGAGGGCGAGCCGAUCGAGCUCGACCGGUCGCGGUCGCUGCCCGCGGAGCCGUCGGGCCCCCGGCGGAAGCGGCGCAACUCGAGCCUGAGCGUCGCGCCGCCGCCGGCCCAGGUCCAGGACGACCUCGCGGACUGGCGGAAGACCAUGUCCGAGUUCCUGACGGCGUCGGUCUACAGCGACCUCGACAACGUCGUCAUCGAGCGGCUGGUCAUCAACGGUGUCAUCAAGUCGGACUACUUUGGGGAGAUCGCGCUCCUGAGCCAGCCGCACCUCACGUACGCGACGUCGGAGACGUUCUCGGAGCUCUACGAGCUGCGGCACGCGGACGUCGUCGACACGCUGCGCGAGUUCCCCCGGCUGACGCUGCGCCUGAAGCGCAUCACGGCCAUGCGCAUCAUGCACGUCUUCGAGACGCUCGAGCGCAAGGCGCGCGACGCGCGCGCCGCGGAGCGCGAGUCGCGGCGCGGGGCCGGGCCCGGGGCCGCGGCGCGGAAGCGCAUGUCGACGUUCAACUCCGUCGGCUCCGCGAUCCGCCGCGGGUCGUCCAUGUCCCUGCGCAAGCCGCGGACCGAGCUCGCGGAGCGCCAGCGGUCCGCGUCGUCGCGCAAGGCCUGGGUCGGCCUCGCGUCCAACGACGACAAGGAGGUCGCCGCGCAGAUCAUCCAGCGCAACCUGCUCCGGUCGAAGCGGCGCCGGUCCUGGACGGGCUGGGACGCGCUCAUCAAGGACAUCCAGUCCGACGUCCGCGAGAAGCGCGAGGCGGCGAAGCGGCCCGCGGUCGCGAGCCAGGUCCUGUCCCUGGAGCAGCGCGUCGCCGGCGUCGAGACGAAGCUGGAGGCCAUGGAGCGGCUCAUCGUCGCCGGCUUCGACGACCUGCGGCGCGGACACCGGCUGCCGCCGCGGGGCCCGGCGCCCGCGCGCGCGCUCCACGACGCGCCCGCGCUCGCGCGGACGCCCGUCGCGCCGCCGGCGCCGUCGCGGCUCUCCUUCCCGCCCGCGGAGGCCGCCGCGCCCCCGGCGCCGCGGGCCUUCACGCCCGUCGUGGCGCCCCGGUCGCCCGCGCCGCGCGCGGCGCCGGCGCCCGCGCCGCCGGCCGCGCCGCAGACGCCCUUCGAGCGCCACGUCGCCGCGUUCCGCGCGGCGGCCGCGGACGACGCGGCCGCGAGCCGAGAGCACACGGAGGACCCGCGGCUCAACCCGACGCAGGGGGAGCGCCGCGGGCGCGGCUUCGACGUCGUGCCGCACGUCCACGUGUGGUUCGGCGACCGGGGUGGCCUGGCCUGCUGGCGGUCCCUGAGCGAGACCUGCUACACCUUCGGCCCGCUGGCGUUCAUCGCGAAGGACCUGCGCUCGCGGCUCGCGCUCGCGCGGGAGAUGGAGGCGCGGAUCCGCGCGGCGCCGGCGCACGCGCUGCGCCUCGGGCCGUGCGGCGGCGCCGCGGGCGGGUCCGUGGCCUGGAUGGGCUACGCGGAGCAGGCCCCGCGGCGCGCGUUCGCCUACGUGCUGGGCAUGUGCUUCGGCAUCGUCCCCGCGCGCAUGGAGCUCGUGAGCCUCGACUUCGGGUCGCGGCCGCGCGAGCUCUGGACGCGCCUGGGGUCCCUGCGCCGCGCGCACGCGGCGGCGGCGGCGUCGAACGCGCGGUUGGAGUCCGCGCGGGUCAUGCCGGCCGUCGUCGAGGCGCUGGGCCUGCGGAACGCGACGCUUUUACUCGGCGUCGUCUACUUCGAGCGCUUCGAGCGCGCGCUCGACGGGAGGGGCCGCACGCUCGCGUGCCUCGACUGGUCCGUGCGCUACCCCCUGGUGUUCGUGUGUUUGUUACUCGCGGCGAAGUUCACGAACGACGAGGCGCGGGGGCUGCCGCGGAAAUUCGCGGCGAUUUUGGCGGACGUCGAGGGCCUCGAGGAGGACGUCGUGCUAGCCGCGCUCGCGCAGCUCGAGUUGAUCGUGCUGGAGACGGUGGCCUACGACCUCUCCGUGCCCGACGACCUGGCGACGGAGGAGCGGCGCCACCCGGCGUUCGUCGUGUCGUGGCUGUUGGCCAUGCUCGUGCACAACGGCGCGGGGCCGCCGGGUCUAGCGCCGUACCCGCGGCACCUGCGGUGGCUCGAGAGCGCGGCGAGGCUGCCCGUCUUCUCCGUGCUCGACGACGUCGCGCGCGCGGAGAUCUCGAGCGGCCAUACGGAGGCCAAGGACCUGCGGCGCCACCGGGGCGAGCUCCUCGACGCGCUGCUGCGCAACUCCAUCGCCUUCUGGCUCAAGAGCCUCUUCUUCUUCUCGACGCUGUCCUACUUCUGGGCGACGAUCCACGACAUUUUAGUGCCCGAGGGGUCGCGCUACUGGGCCGCGCCGUCCGCGUGGCGGCCCGUGUCCCAGCUCGAGCCCGCCGCGCUCGCGGUCUGCAUCGUCGGCUCGCUCCACAACGCGGGCGUCAUCUCCGCCGUCAUGGGCGAGUGCGCGCGCGUCUGGGCCCACGCGGCGAACACCGUCGCCAUCCUCCGGAGCUACGCGAGGCCCCUGAGCGCGCCCGCGCCUCCAGAGGACGCGGCCCUACGCGGCCGGCUCCGCACGUCGACGCGGCCCUUCCUCAAGCUCCACCUCACCGCGGCGCCGGACCUCGCCAAGGCGCGGCGAUUACUUCAGUGUGGACCAGCGCAAGUCUGACUCGUUCGAAAGCGACAGGCCCUUUGUCAAGUUAUAUAUUAUGGAGAGCAUUCGAGAUGUCGAGUCAAAACUGGCAGCAUGUGAGUGGUACCGAGAGAACUAUCCCAAGUCACGGCCGCUCUGUGAGGAUACGAUGAUGCCGAAUAAAAGAGGGAAUGCCGACUUCAUCGUAAAGUCCACUCCCCUCGAAUACCUCGAAACACUCUACAUCUGGUGCUGCCUGAAUCAUAACACAGAAAUGGUGCAAAAUUGGUUUAUGAACUUCGCGAUGUCGCAAAGGCUCAACGACCUGUUUGUGAUCCUGGAAAAAUGCGAUGAAGAAUGGCUUGCACGUUUAAGCAUGCGCCACUGUCUGACAUUGCCAAAUCCUGAACUAGCGUAUCGCUCCGCAUGGGAGUCGGGGAGGAGAUCAUUUGCCAACGCCAUACGCGAUCUGGCGCCCUUCUUCGCCGGGCCUUGUUCCUUUAGUAAGUACCUCC